CUCACUUUUCCACAUCGCUUCACAGUUACAUUUGGCAGGCAGGCGCGCCGGAGCGCUCAGACCCCGGAAUUAGUGGAUCUAUUUGGAAUAUCCCCGCUCUCCUGGAGUCGUGCUGCUGCCGCUGGCGUGUGCAAGGGGAGAAAUUAACAACUGCACCUCAGCGUGCAGGCACAGAAAGGGGAGAAGCUCCGUGAGCAGCAUCUCCUCCAGCAUCAGCAGCUUCGGAGAGCUUGCAAAGAAAACCUGGAGAAUCCUGCGUGUUCACAGGGACUGGCUAAUGUGUUUUUACCUCGCCCUUCCAAUCCGUGCGUGAAGUGGCUGUCAGCGAGCGGUUCCCUCGGUCCUUAAGAGAAAUUCUUUAAUGACUGAAAAACUCAAUGGGUCAUGUUUUUAUAAUCUAAACUAUUUUUACUUUGACUGUGCUGUAAACACAUGGAGGAGCUGUAAGUAAAUGUUCUGUACUGCAUGAUGAAUUGGAUUGCUACAGUCUGGAAGAGAGCAAAAUAAUAAUUUCAUUUCUGUGGUGAUUUGCGUAGCUUGUGGUACAAUGCCAGAAAGACUAAUGGAAAUGCUUAUGGAUACAUGGACUCCAUUAAUAAUAUUAUGGAUUACUGUCCUUCCCUCCAUUUAUAUGGCUCCAAUGAAUCAGUCUCAAGUAAUACCAAGUGGAUCCAGUACAGGACUAAAAAGGCUAAAUGAAGAACAAAGAGUUUUGAACCGUUCCAAGAGAGGCUGGGUUUGGAAUCAAAUGUUUGUAUUAGAAGAAUUUUCUGGACCUGAACCAAUACUCGUUGGCCGGUUACAUACAGACCUGGAUCCCGGAAGCAGCAAAAUCAAGUAUAUUCUGUCAGGAGAUGGAGCUGGAACAAUCUUUGUAAUCAAUGACAAAACUGGAGACAUUCAUGCAAUGAAAAGACUUGACCGUGAGGAAAAAGCUGAAUACACUCUAACAGCUCAAGCAGUCGACAGGGACACAAACCAACCUCUGGAACCUCCCUCAGAAUUCAUUAUUAAGGUUCAAGAUAUCAAUGACAAUGCCCCAGAGUUUGUUGAUGGUCCAUAUCAUGCCACAGUUCCAGAAAUGUCUGUUGUAGGCACCUCUGUUACUAAAGUAACAGCUACAGAUGCAGAUGAUCCAGUUUAUGGAAAUAGUGCCAAGCUGGUUUAUAGCAUUCUGGAAGGACAGCCCUACUUUUCUAUUGAGCCACAUACAGCUAUCAUUAAAACAGCUCUACCCAACAUGGACAGAGAAGCCAAAGAAGAAUACUUUGUAGUCAUCCAAGCAAAGGACAUGGGAGGACAUAUGGGUGGACUGUCUGGAACUACAACAGUGACAAUUACACUCACUGAUGUCAAUGACAAUCCUCCAAAGUUUGCACAAAGUCUGUAUCACUUCUCAGUAAUGGAAGAUGUUGCUGUUGGUGAACCAGUAGGAAGGGUGAAAGCGAAUGACCUGGAUAUUGGAGACAAUGCUAAAUCAUCCUAUGAUAUUAUUGAAGGAGAUGGAAUGGAUGUAUUUGAAAUUACUACAGAUGCCCAAACUCAGGACGGCAUUAUUAGAGUGAGAAAGCCACUGGACUUUGAGACAAAAAAAUCCUAUACGCUGAAGGUAGAAGCAACCAACAUUCACAUUGAUCCUCGCUUCAUCAGUGGAGGACCAUUCAAGGAUACAGCAACGGUAAAAAUUGUAGUAGAGGAUGCUGAUGAGCCACCAGUCUUUUCAUCACCUACUUACCUACUGGAAGUGCAUGAAAAUGCAGCUAUUAACUCUGUGAUUGGUCAGGUGACUGCCCAUGACCCUGAUGUAUCCUCCAGUCCUAUAAGGUUUUCCAUUGAUCGGCAUACUGACCUUGAGAGACAGUUCAACAUUAAUGCAGAAGAUGGCAAAAUAACUCUGGCAACACCACUGGACAGAGAAAUGAAUAUGUGGCACAACAUAACUAUUGUAGCUACUGAAACUAGAAACCACAGUCAAGUGUCCCGGGUGCCUGUUGCUAUCAAAGUUCUUGAUGUAAACGACAAUGCUCCUGAGUUUGCAUCAGAGCACGAAGCCUUUUUAUGUGAGAAUGGGAAGCCUGGACAAGUAAUUCAGAUUGUCAGUGCUGUUGACAAAGACGAUCCUAAAAAUGGGCAUUAUUUCCUGUACAGUCUGCUUCCUGAAAUGGCCAACAAUCCAAAUUUCACCAUCAAGAAAAAUGAAGAUAAUACUCUCAGCAUAAUGGCAAAGCAUAGUGGAUUCAGCCGGCAGAAGCAAGAAGUAUAUCUACUGCCAAUCAUAAUAAGUGAUAGUGGGAAUCCUCCCAUGAGCAGCACUAGUACUCUCACCAUUCGAGUCUGUGGUUGCAGCAGUGAUGGUAUUGUCCAGUCCUGUAAUGUUGAAGCAUAUGUACUUCCCAUAGGAUUAAGUAUGGGAGCCCUAAUUGCAAUAUUAGCAUGCAUCAUUCUGCUGCUAGUCAUUGUAGUGCUGUUUGUAACACUAAGAAGACAUAAGAAUGAGCCUCUAAUCAUUAAAGAUGAUGAAGAUGUGAGGGAAAAUAUUAUUCGCUAUGAUGAUGAAGGAGGUGGAGAAGAAGAUACAGAGGCUUUUGACAUUGCGACUUUGCAAAAUCCGGAUGGAAUUAAUGGAUUUUUGCCUCGUAAGGAUAUUAAGCCUGACCUUCAGUUUAUGCCCAGGCAGGGUCUUGCACCUGUUCCUAAUGGUGUUGAUGUGGAUGAAUUUAUUAAUGUAAGGCUUCAUGAAGCUGAUAAUGAUCCCACAGCUCCACCAUAUGACUCUAUCCAGAUUUAUGGCUAUGAAGGAAGAGGGUCAGCGGCUGGUUCCCUUAGCUCAUUGGAGUCCUCUACAUCAGACUCAGAUCAGAAUUUUGACUACCUCAGUGAAUGGGGUCCUCGCUUUAAAAGACUUGGAGAACUUUACUCAGUUGGAGAAAGUGACAAAGAAACUUGACAGGGGAUAGCAAACUUCUUCACUGUUGACUUAAUGAUCAUGUAAUAUUCUAGAGCCACUGCUGUUAGUUAAAACUAAUGUGGCUUUUUGUUUUAGAGGCAAGUUUAGCGCCAAUCAUCUAUAAAAUCAACUACAUUGUAAUGUUGAACCAAAAAAAAGUAUAUGUUAGGAGGUUAAGUCUUGUGGAGUGUGAAGUAAAGUAUGUGGAGUGUCUAUAAGUCUUUGGAUAUUUGAUAUUCACUUGACCACUCUAAAUAUGGGGAUUUUGAUCUUUGAUUAUCUUCAGUGAAUUGAACAAAAAGCAGUUGGUGCUUUCUUAGAAAAUUGACUUGCAGGGAUUUUGCUGUUGAACAGUAGCUCCUGCCAGUAUGUGGAAAGCUAAUGGUUUGUUUCUGCAUUGCCAACAAAGAUCCCACCACAGAAAUGUUACAAGCAAUAUCUUGGUUUUCAUAGCAAUGCUGAAUAGAAACAGCAUUGUAAAUUCCUACUGGCUUCUACUGUGCAGUGACCAUACAUUGUACAUACAGUAUCAUUGGCCAUGUAACCACAGACUAAAUAUCAUCUUUAAAUAUUGUGUCAAGCCUUAAAAUAUUCACAUGUUCUUAAUCCAUUCCAGUGAUGGGUAAUAAAUCCUACUAAUGUGCAGAGAUUGAAAGGCAGGGCUACAAAACCUUGCUGUAAAAAAGGAUCUUUUUAUAGAAGAAGGUUCAGUUCUGUGUUUCGUCUUCUGAAAGUAAAAAAAAAAAAAAAAAAACAAAC